AUUUUGAUUCAUCAUUUCGAAUCUUUCAAGUUCGCUCUCUCCAACUCCGAUUCUCAUGCCCGGUCGUCCUCAUGGACUGACCAACAAAUCUCUGCGAUCUCUCCCCCUCUCCAAAAACAGUGGAGCUCUCUCUCUCUCUCUAGGGUUUUGGAGUUGGACUUUUCACUUGUAAACACAGCCUUCGAGAAUUAUUUCCUAAAAUUGUAGGGUUUAGGUCGUUUAAAGUUUCCGUACAACAGAAGACAAGCCUUUUGUCGGUUUCGACCUUUUUUUUUUCUUUCACUAUAAUUCUUGCGCAGGUGUGUGUUGAAGCUUUCCGGUGCCGUUGAUUAGAUUUCUUUCGUUGAGUUUAGGUAAAAAACCUUAGUUGUUGGCAUUGCCAAUAAUUCCGUAAUAAAUUUCCUAGUGGAUCUUUGGCAAAUGUUUCUUGGUGCAUCUUGAAUGAUUGCCAGCAUGGACUUGAAUGCCUCGCCACAGCCAGAAGAAGAUGAAGAAACUUUUGUACCACAUUUUGAAGAAGAUAAUGCCCCAGAGGAACAUAUUGAACAUAUAGAGACUGGAGCUGAUAUUGCCCGUCGGGAGCGUGAGGAAAGACGUCAGCGUCUACGAAGAGGACGCGAGGAUGGGAGACCAACUUUACAUGAUGGGAUGUUCCAAACAAAAAAGCAAAGAUCUCAUGAUAGACUUCCGCCAGGUUGGUUGGAUUGUCCUGCAUUUGGUCAGGAAGUCGGUUGUAUUAUUCCUUCAAAAGUUCCACUUGAUGAAUCCUUCAAUGACUAUGUUGUCCCUGGUAAAAGAUACUCGUUCAGGCAAGUGAUUCAUCAACAGAGAGUUUUAGGAAGAAAGCUUGGCUUGGUGAUCGAUCUUACAAACACUACUCGUUACUAUUCUAUCGCAGAUUGGAAGAAAGACGGUAUAAAGCAUGUUAAGAUUUGUUGCAGGGGGCGUGAUUCUGUACCUGAUAACGAGUCUGUAAAUCAAUUUGUUUAUGAAGUUUCACAAUUUCUUGCCCGACAGAGACCGCCAAAAAAGUAUAUUCUUGUUCAUUGCACCCAUGGACAUAACCGAACUGGCUAUAUGAUUGUUCAUUAUCUUAUGCGUACAACAUCAAUAUCUGUCACUCAGGCAAUAAAAAUCUUUGCUGAAGCACGUCCGCCAGGGAUAUACAAACCGGAUUAUAUUGAUGCUUUGUACACCUUUUAUCAUGAAAAGAAGCCUGACGGAGACAUUUGCCCUGCAAUUCCGGACUGGAAAAGGUCAUCUGAACUUGAUCUGAAUGGUGAUGCAAUUCCGGAUGACGAUGAUGACGGAGGUUCUGCUGCUCCUGUGCAUUCCUUUGAGGAAAUUAAGCUACAGGGAAAGAAGGUUGAAGGAUUCUUCAAGCCCUAUUAG